ACACAGUCCUCAAGUGAGGCUUUCUUCCAUUUUUCGUCGUGCAGAGGAAGAGACAAGACGGGAGUCAGUUCGGGCAAGACGGUCUCAUCUUUUGGCGUACAAUGCGUCCAUGCCAUUUGCAGCGUGUUUGCGCAUGCAGCUCGUUUCAGAAAAACCUUCCGCAGAGUGGCAUGCCACGCAGAGAAAAGCUUGGACACUUCGGUUUCCUUUCGACUGUUUUCCUUUUUGCCAUCGCGUCCGAUUUCAAGGACAGAUUACACUUCUCUUCUGUGUCCUCCCACACGGCUUGGCCUGUUGCUUUGGCGCGUCUGAGUGUGCAACUUCUGGUAUGCCUUUUAAGCUCCGAACUCGUGUGUCGGUCAGCUCCCCGGACCGUGUGCAGCAUUAUCCGAGCUCCUUUUCUGCCCUAUUUCUCGUCCCGAAUUUUCACUCGCAGGAGUUCGGGGUGUGACCAAGAGCGCGCUUGACCGUCAGGGAUUUUCGCUGUGCCGUCGCUCGCCUCCCAAAGGCCGAUUUCGAAUCCGGAGAGACCGCGCUGUCCCGCCGCUGCGCACAAAGGGAACUCUCCUUUCUUCAACCAGCAAGGAUCGGGUAUUCCUCACUGGGUGCGAGUAUUCGCAUGCUUGCAGAGGGGCGCGCUAGCGCCCGUGAGAAACCUCAAGCGCGGAGUUCUGUGCGACUGUGACAACGAAAAGGAGGUUUCUCCACGGUGGUGGCCCGUCUCCCGCAAUCACAAUGGGGAAGGACUACUACAGAAUUCUCGGCGUCGGCAAGGACGCGUCGGAAGCCGAUCUCAAGAAGGCAUACAGAAAGCUGGCGAUGAAGUGGCACCCUGACAAGCAUGCAGACGCGGACGCCAAGAAGAAGGCGGAGGCGCAGUUCAAAGACAUCGCCGAGGCGUACGACGUUCUUUCGGACAAGGAGAAGAGACAAAUUUACGACCAGUUUGGAGAAGAAGGCCUGAAGAGCGGCGGCUCGCCUACUGGAACCGCAGGCCCCGGCGGCUCUCGCGCGAACUUUGUCUACCGAGAAGUCGACCCCAGCGAACUCUUCUCAAGGUUUUUCGGCAGCGACAGAAUGUUUUUUGGCGGCGACGAUGACUUUGGACCUUUUGGCAGCGUUGGCAUGGGGUCUCACAGUAACUUUCCUUUCCGCAUGCACCACGCAGGCUCUGGUAGCUUUGGCAGCCGCGCGCCUUCCAAGCCCAAGACUUACGAGGUGGACUUGUCUCUGUCUCUCGAAGAGUUGUACACGGGGACAAAGAAGAAGCUGAAGAUCACUCGGACAAGAUACCGCAACGGCCAGAUGCUGAAGGAGGACAACGUUCUGUCGAUUGAUGUGAAGCCGGGCUGGAAGGAGGGGACAAAGAUCACGUUCGCUGGGGAAGGUGACCAAGAUUCUCCAACUUCUCCUCCGGGGGAUGUCGUCUUUGUCGUCAAGACGAAGCCCAACAGCCGAUUUGUGCGUGACGGAAACCACCUUAUUCACAAGGUGGCAAUUCCACUGGUGAAAGCCUUGACGGGAUUCACUGUGCCCAUCGAGAGUCUGGACGGCCGAUCUUUCAAGGUGAAGGUGGACACAGUCGUGACGCCGAAAAGCCGGAAGAUCGUCCCGAACGAAGGCAUGCCCGUUUCUAAGAGACCCGGAGAAAAGGGUGACCUUAUCCUCGAGUUCGAUAUUCACUUCCCCAAGACAUUGACGGACGACCAAAAAACAAAGUUGAAAGAACUGCUUCCGAACGUGUAGUCGGAUCGAUCCAAACGUGGUUUGAUAACUCGCGUUUCCCUCCACUCUGCACUUCGAGCGAGAAAUGAAGAACGCAGCGGCAAAUCGUGGUGCUUCACGGGGGGCAACAGGUGAAGUUUUGUACUCCCUUCGAAGAUGUGUAUGGAGUCGCCCCCGGCCGCGAGGUACAUCGGGAAGCGGGAAGCGAGCGGGCGUGCUUGGUUCAUCGUCAGUGAGAGAGCCAAAAAGGAGAAUGGACGAAGGGAAGAAGUGUGGCAAGAUCGGAAGUUUGCCACAGACGACGCAGACCACGAGGCAGCUUUCUGGAGCUAACCUUACCAAUAGAACCCGGGCAGGCAGAACCAGGUUGCUGACUGGUCCUCUAUGUCAGGGCCGACACCCACAGUGUCACACAUUUUGGCCGCACCACCAGCAAGACUAGCUUUGGCGGUGCCGUCACUUUUUCUGGAUCUUUUCUGUCUUAUAUGUCAGCGGGGAGGGAUUUAAAUCGGCCCGCAGCUGUAUCGAGUCAGUGCCAGACGUAGAAAUCUAGACACGGGAAAAGAUUGACCGGCAGCUGCCGUUGAGCUCCCGGAAAAUCACAGGUACGACGGGGGCUUUCCACUCGUUCCAAUCUGUUGUUUCGGCAGCUUGUGCCCCAUUGCUUGGACUACACAGUUCAAGAAGUCGGUGUUCAACCUACUCCAGUCGAGCACCAUCAACCUAUAAGCGGAUUUACUCGGAGACCAGACCGGUGCACGUCUGUUCACAACGGUCUUGACAAUCUGCAUCCGAGGACAAAAAACAAGCAUAUGUUCUGUUCAUGCAGCUCGGUGUCUGACAGUCACGGGCAUCAAUGUGACACGCACUGGCACGUUCUCAGCAGGCAAACAGGAUUAAUCAGAGGCACAUAGACUCGUUACGUGAGUGUUGAACUUUGCAUCGUCUGUGACGAAUCGAAGUGUUGACCAUUGAAAUUUUAGCAUCGCCAACCAACAACAGUGACGCUGCAGUGAACAUUCCUCGGAGCUCGGAAAAACGUGCUAGUCUCAAAAUCCAGAGCUCCGUUCAUGAUUCGUAUUCCAGUGGCCUCUUUUUUGUGGUUGACCCGGACGGAAAAAAAGAGAAAUAAACGGCCCUAAUCCUCCGAUCUAGAGUCAGCGCUGCAAACACGGCAAUAUUGUUAGACGCGGAGUUGCUAGACUGCAUCAGUG